GCGUGUUGAGCGCUCGCAUACGGUUAGCGUCGGUCCGCCAGGCAAGUAGCGUCGGAGCAGCUGCACCCAAAGCGCCGAGAUAACGUACAGUCGCGGUAGGGCUCGGCUAGCGAGUCUCGGCGGGCUUCUGCUCCAGCCAGUCAGUGUGUUUCAUAGUGCCCUCUCGGUGUAGUGACAAUGCUAAAGUAAACGCUGGUGCAGUGAAUUUAAACUUUGAUGUCUCUGUAGCAUAAGAUUUUGAGUGUUGGGAAGUGGGUCCAACAAAAUCAAAUGAUCGUGCCCGUUCAGUGAGACUUCUUGCUGCCAAGAACCAAAAAAAUCAACGUGCGUUACACUAUGGGCCGGGAACAGGAUCUCGGUGAGCUCGAUAUGGAGAACCAGCGGAAAGAUGUCGAGGAGGACCAGCAGCACCAGCAGCAACAGCAACAGGCUGACGAGUCUCCUGUCCAGCUCAAGAACGGCACCGCGAAACUGACCGUCCAGUCGGCCGGUGAUCUUAAGCAAACCAUUCUCGAUGGUCUGGAGAAAAAGGGCGACCGUGGACUGUGGCUAUGGGCAUUAUUCAUCCUUUGCCUGACGCCCAACAUCCUCAACGGGUUUCACGUGUCGUCCUACGUGUUUCUUGGCCAGCUGCCGAAAAACUACUACUGCAUGGUGCCCGAGCUGGUCGGUGCCGGCUGGAGUCACGAGGAAAUACGCAACAUUACCUCACCAACUGGCAGCACGCGGAACGGUACCUGUACGAUCUACACCUGGAACUAUGCGCAGCUGAGCGAACUGAACUACAACGAUGCGCUCAGCUACACGCAAUCCCAUCCGCCACCGGCAGAGGUGAACUGUCUCGCCACGGCACCCACCGCCGGUUGGCACAUGUUCUACGAUCAGCCGGAAGGUGUAUCGAUCGUACCGGAGUGGGAUCUCCUGUGCGAGCGAACGGCACUGCGUUCCACCGUGCAGGUGGCGCUGUCGAUCGGCAAGUUUGUCGGUGCCUCCAGCUUCGGUGUCAUCUCGGACAAGUACGGUCGCAAGACGAGCUUUUCGAUCGCAGCCACACUCUACAUCGUGGCCGGCCUGUUGACGACCUUUUCCCCCGUCUACAUCCUGCUGCUGCUGGGUCGCAUCGGGCUCGGCGCUUCCGCUUCCGGCGUAUUUUAUCCGGCCUUUGCACUGCUGACGGAAAACAUUGGAAAACGACACCGAUCGUGGAUGAGCAUUGCGUUCAACUUUUCCUACCCGGUCGGUAUGCUCUGCCUAGCGCUGGCCGCCUACCUCAUCGGUCCGUGGCGAGAUCUUUCGCUCGCCCUCACGGUACCAUCCUUCCUGCUCGUGAUACACCUCUACUUCCUCGUGGAAUCCCCACGCUGGUUGCUGAGCAAAGGCCGGGAACGGAAAGCAUACCGGAUGGUGUUCGGUCACAGUGCACCCCAGGAGCUGGUGGACAGUGCGACGGUGGCGGAAAAGAAUCAGGGCGCGGAUGCGGAAGCUGACCCGCCAACCGUACCGUUCGGUACGAGGCUAAAGCAAUCGUUCAGCGAGUUUACCAAGCUUUACGGUACGCCGGUGCUAUGCCGCCGAGCGCUCAUCUGCCACUUUACCUGGUGCAUCACUUCGCUGUGCUACUACGUUACCGCUCUCAAUGCGGACAACUUUGCGGCGAAUCGAAACGUGUACGUUGCCACCACCGGCUCGGUGGACAUUGUCGCAUACAUCCUGUCGAUGAUCGUACUGGCGUACUUUGGCCGGCGCAGUUCCUCGUUCUGCUUCUUCCUGUACGCCGGCAUUUGUCUGCUGGUGGUGCUAGCGAUACCCCCGACCAAUACGACCCUGCUGGUCACGCUCGCCAUGCUCGGACGGGUCGGUAUCACCGCCGUGUACGCCAUCGUAACGCUACACACGGCCGAACUCUUCCCGACCGAGAUUCGCAAUACGGCACUCGGCAUUUGCUCCACCAUGGCGCACGUGGGCUCGAUCGCUGCACCGUACAUUACGGAUCUGCUCGGUCGCCUUGCCUGGUGGAUACCGACCACAAUCUGCGGCUGUUCGGUCCUGCUGGCCGGCGCACUCACCUUGCUACACCCGGAAACGCGUGACGCCGCGCUCAAGGAUCACGCCCAGCAGGAACAGCAGCGUCCCGCAUCCACCGACGAGGAGAUGAUGGAUGAGAAGGAGGAAAAAUCUAUUACGGGUAGCUAAGCGCAGGUGGCACCGAACGAUUCGGAGGACGGUGCGUGUAAGGGAGACCAGAGCAAGAGACUAACACGUAAGCGGUUAAGCGAGAGCUGAGCAGAGUAGUUUACUUUAAGCUGUACCGAUGAGGGAACCGAUCGGAUAGUUCCGCAGAUAGUAGGCAACGUCCGUGUACACGCCCGGUGUGCCCGUUGCGCCACAACCGACACCGUACGAUAUUACGCCCCGCAGCACAAACUGGGUGGAAAAUGGCGCCCGGCAAACGUAUCCUCCACCGGAAUCACCCUGCAGACGAACGCGAAGGUAAAAAAAAAGUUCACCAGUGUGGAUAAAACCCCCCUUCCCUACUCCUUCUUUACCCCCAACUCACCUUACACGCAUCGGACCGUCCGAUGGCACAAAACAUUCCCGAGUCCGGGGGCGGUGCCACCACGGCGCCCAUCAUUCCAAUGCAACUGUCCAGAUCGAGCGCUAUUACGGUGCCGUAGUGGAGCGUCUGACUGAUCGGUCCAUCGUACGAAUCCGACCCGUACCCGAAGAUGUAACACAGCUCGCCGUUCGCGGCCUUGCUGUCAUCCGGCAGCCGUAAGGGUGUUUGUGGGUCGGACUCAAACCUGCGGCCAGUCGGUAGUUCUGCUCGCAGCAACGCUAUAUCACCGACCAUCGUUACGCUGCGAUAAUGGAGAAGAUAAAUCAAAUUAGUGUAAGACAAUCACACUCAUCGCACCGGACAGUUCACUUACGGGUUGUAGCUGCGCAAAAGGUGUGUCUCGACGAUUGGGAAACGGUCGGCGGUGCUGUCGUUCAGCUGGUGCCCACCUAUCUGGGCGAACAUUUGUGUAAGAUUUCCCUUUCUGCUGUGGAAGCCAAUGGAGAUGAUGCCGGGGGGGGUGGAAAAGUGCGUGGUAAAUUAGCAAACUGUACGACUACCGCUUGUGGAGUACUGGUACGGUGGAUAUUAAAUGAUAUUGUACAAUAAUCCCGAUUGUACCGGGUAAACGAAUCCGGUAGGAUAAUGAAGAAUACUGCUGAAAACUAUUUUGUAAUUUUCAUAUUUAGUCGUGCCUAUUUUACACCGAUGGGACGUAAGCACUCAAUAAUAUAAUUAUUCAAUGUAAGAGUA